GCGAAUCAUUUCGUGCGGUGACUUGGUUAAACUCCCAGCAUAAAGAAUAAUGGCACAUAAAAAAACUAGACGUCAAUAACAUCAAGAAAGCCUUACGAAAUGUAAGAAUAAGAGAAGAAGGGGUAUCAGUGAAGUGCACAUACAAGGGAACGCCUGGCAGUAAGGCAACACAAGAGAGCAAGCCACUACGUACGUUAAGUUAGGUUAGAUAGAAGAGCGCGAGUGCUACGAGUCGCAACGCAGAAAAACAGCGUCAGGCGUGCGCGACAGUGGAUUCACCCUGACCUUAGUCAGACACGAUUUAAUUUCAGUGAAUUUAACCGUGACCCAGCAUUCGUUGGUUACUUCGUGACGUGUCUACAUAUGUGCAGGCGACCGCGGAUCUCGUUGCUCUGGUAUUUCAUACAUAUUCGUUGCUGCCUGAGAUACUUUACUUUCGACGUUCAACCGGGCAAAGAUCAUCUUGGCAUCCCGUAGUGUAAACCACCUUGAUACUUCGCUAAAAAAAGAAUGCUGGAAUUUAUGACUCAUAGAUACGCUAACCAGUUAUAAUUAAGUAUACUAAUCAUCUGAAGGGGAGCAAGGCGAUUAAAAUGGCGGUGAUGAUGCUGCUAGUCAUUUUAUUUGCAACAGGGCUAGCCUUAAAUGGCGAACUCCUGGAACAGGACUGCCCUGUGGAUUGUCACUGCCAUUAUUUUCGCAUCAAUUGGGUGACUGAUUGCUCCGAGAGCAAUCUGACGAGCAUACCUUAUGACGAGCUGAGUCCAAACGUUUACAUCCUUGAUAUGAAUGGGAACAACGUGGCACAUUUGGGUCCGUUCCCACGCGAUAUCAAGCUCAGACGACUGCAAAUGGCACACAAUAAACUUACUGAACUCAGUUACGAGUCUUUCGCAGGACUCAAUUAUCUUCUUGAUGCAGAUUUCUCGUAUAACUCCAUCUCUCACGUUGACCCUGAAGCUUUUAGAGACAGCCCAGGUUUGAUAACGCUUGAACUCCAAAAUAAUCCAUUGGCCGAAGUGGAGGGCCAUUUCUUGAACUGCCGACCACUGCUCUACCUCGAUCUCAGCAGCUGCGGCAUUCGACGACUUAAUAAUCAAUUCUUCCACAAUACUACGAAUUUGAAUAAAUUGGAUCUUUCAAACAAUCCACUGGGACGACUGGAGCCAGGACCCUUCGAUCACUUAACCAAUCUUGAAUAUCUAAAACUCAAGAAUUGUGGAUUGACUUACAUUUCACCAGAAACAUUUUCUCAUUUAGAAAAUCUUCGCGAGCUGGAACUUUCCGAAAAUGACCUCCGUUCACUCAGCUGGACCAAUUUAUUGGCUCCACUGGUCAGAUUAGAACUUCUAAAUAUUCGCCAUUGUCAUAUUACCAACUUACCAGGAGACGCUUUCGCGCGCAAUCUUUAUUUACGUCAGUUAGUCUUGGCCGACAAUGAACUGUGGCAUUUGGAUGUUGGCAAUACUUUGGGUCACAAUUUACACAGCCUACAGAGCUUAGAUUUAUCCAACUGUAACUUGCAAGAUCCUCUGUCUGAAGAAGCUUUCCGAAAUAGCAGUGGAUUGCGCGUUUUGAAUUUAAGUGGAAAUCCAAUGUCCGCUGGUGAUCUUACAGCUGUUUUACAACAUCUCCCGAAACUCCAUAUACUCUCACUGAGUAACUGCAGUUUACGAAAAUUGCCAGACGCCUUCAAUAUGCUUGAGCACUUGGAAGAAUUGGACAUUUCACACAAUCCAUUGAACGAUGCGUUUGUAAGUCUCUUGAAUCCUCUGAGAUCGCUGGAAUAUCUGGAUAUGUCAUACAGUAACUUGAGUUAUGUCGGCAACAAUACAUUCGCGCAAAUGACUUCACUCAAGAAAUUGAUACUCUCUGGGAAUCGUCUUCAUACACUUGAGCAAGGCCUGUUCGCUAAUUUGACACGAUUGGAAAGUCUGGAGCUGAACAAUUGCGAUUUAAAAACUCCAAUAGAUCCAACAGUAUUUGGAGAUCAUGCUUAUCCCGCAGUACUGGAGUUAAAGCUUAGCGGAAAUCCACUACAAAUACCAGAAAAUGAAGCACUAUUGCCUAACCAACUAUCAAAAUUAGAAAUACUUGAUCUGAGCAAUUGCAAUCUCAAUCAUCUUCACGAGAAUAUUUUUGAUCACUCUACAAACUUAACAAACUUGAACUUAUCGAAUAACCGAAUAUCAACUCAUGACAGUCUGAAAUUCUUGAAGAAACUGCCGUUGCUCCAGCAUCUUGAUUUAAGUGGAAAUCAGUUAACUUCCGUGAAACCUAAAUUGUUCGAGAUGAAUCGUCGUCUCUUGUCAUUGAAUCUCAUUGGCAAUCCUAUCGUUUGCAAUUGUUCUGUAGCUGAGAUGUGGAAUUGGGCUGAAAAGGUGAAAGGUGAUUUGCACAUACUUGUAGGUAGUCAGCCAGCAGAAUUUGCAGCUGGUGCUGUUAAGUUAAAGAAAACAUUGAGCUGCUCUUACGACGAACAAUCGUAUCGUGACAUUCUGGAUCCAGCUAAACCCAAAGCUUUUGCUCGUAAAGGAGACGCUACGCCUAAUCGUACUUGGGCUAAAUACACCAGAGAGUCAGGUUGCGCCCGCGCAUGAUAUUCAGAGGCCAAGUUUCAACAUCCGAUAAUAAAUCUGUUCGUUUUCAAUGGUUAUAGAUCAAAAGGAGAGUUUUAAGCAAUCUCAGAGUAGUAGGAUUUCGCUAUGGGUCCGCUUAAUGUUAAUCACAUAUUCUAAUUGCUUCAUUCUGUUUAUCCAUCUUUGUUAUAAUUACUAUACAUGUAUCAUUAUUGUUCUUUUCUCCUAAUACAUAAAGGAUUCUAGUCGCAAAUUGACUGAUCGUUUGAGGCAUCAAUAUAUAUAUGUGCUUCAUUGUUGUUUUGGUUGAGUAUCUUGUAAUGUACGCUGUACCUCCUGCUAUUACAUUAAAGUACUCUACUAUAUUAGCACUUUUUCAUCGUAGUAGCAUUGAAUGUGGAUCUGUAAUACAACAAAUUCUCACAAAUAAGCACAGAAAACAAUAAUUCAGACAGAUUGGAGAUAAAAGAAAGAAAAAAUAUUUCGACAGUUUCAACUUUCAAGCUUCUUUUAAGUUGCAAAGUAUCUAUUAAGUUAAAUAUCAUCAUAACACUAUAGUCAUAUAACAAUGUAUAAGUAGUAAGUGAAAAUAGUCGUAUACAUGAACUAAAUCGAACAAAUUCUCUUCGAACAAAAUCUGUAACAUUUUCAAAAAAUUUGUUAGUUUCAUCAUAUUCAGCAACCAAAAAUUAUGUCUGCACUACUAUUGUCUAUAAUAUGUAGAAAGAAUUUCAUGCGCAUAAACAUUCUUUAAAUACAAAUGUACAGCAAAUCGGGUCAAGCGUAUGCAAAGGUUCACAAGUACCUAUGAAUAAUAAUAAAAUAAUAAUAAAUAAAAUAAUAAAUGAACUAGACUAUAGCUGCGCUCGUGACUGAUGGUAAUUCUUGUGAACGUAAUUAAUUGUACUUGAAUGUUCGCGAAUCUUGCGUGAUGCUUGGGCAAAACUUUAAAACUGUCGAUAAACACUUCUCAAAAAUGAAUAGUACAUACGGGGAACGGGGGUCCGAUCACAUUAUGUCACGCUAUAAAGAUUAUUCAUACAAUCUGUACUCCGUUGAAAAGCAAUUACUUUCUUACAGUGUAGGAAAUGUCGUCGGAAAAGCAUUUGAAUUAAGGUUGAGGAUUAGAGAAGUUAAACUAGGGUCGAGCCUACUUGAACCCAAGCUUAAUAUUUUGAAGCUAGCCGUAGCACGUGACCGGACCAUGGGCGAAAUCCUUUGAAAUUGGUUGAACUGCUGAUCUUUAAAUAUUCUUAUGAAAAACGGAAUGAAAUAAUCUUUGCAUCCUUUUAAUGCGAGAAACUUUAUUAUCGGAUAUUGAAAUCUUGGUGGUCAAGGGGAGGGGGGGAUUAAAAUGUAUUAAAAAUUUCUUUUUCAUUAUUGAAAUUAUUUAAGCAAAAUUGGUCAGGUCAUAUUUAUGCUGACAUUUGUAAAAAAACUGUUAUAGUGGUAUGGGAAACGAAAAACGUCACUUUUAAUUAUCUUACACGAAUUAGGCGUAAUAUUUAGCAAUUAAGGAAAUCCCUAGACCUAAACUAAAAGAGAGAAAGAGAGGAGAGAGAGAGAGAGAGGCAAAAUUGUAAAGCAAAUUUCAAUUUGUAAUUCGCUAUAAGAUCAGAUCAAGGCGAUUACUGAUAAUUAAAUGCACGUGUACACGUAUGUGCGUUUAUCUCUAGCUAUGUUUAUCAGUUAUAUUAUGUUUAUACUUACGUACAAAGUAAUAAUUGAAGCAAUAAUUAGCUCCACUUGAUAUCAAUCAAUAUUCAAUAUGCAGAUUAUAUUGGAAUGUCAAAAAUUGUCAGAUAACACAGGAGCAUUUAUGGAUUGACAGUCAUACAGGGAAACAAGAUCAAUACUUUCAUUUCCUAUAUGAUAUGCAUAUCGAUUACGAAACAUAAUUUACGUGCAUUAAUCAAUUUUUUUUAAGCUAUUAAGAAUUAAUUGGUACAUCAUUAAAAUAUACUUUUUAAAAUAAGAAGAUAAAGAGAGCCGGAAAAUCGAAUCAGCGGAAAUUAAUGGUCUAAGGAGCACUUAAUAUUAUAUUUCCUAUUUGUAUAGAGACGCAGAUAGAGGAACGUUCUACGGACAAGCUUUAAAAAUUUUAUUUAAUUAUUGCCUACAUCGGAUAAAUCCAAACUAAUGGAAGCCCUGUUCAAUAUACCCAAAGUAUCGUUUAGUUACUACUUAUAUUAUUUGAAAAUUAUGCAAAAAUAUAAUCAAUUAUUUGUGGAAAUUUAUUACUCAAUGUUGAUGGUGUUAUAUAUCAUUGUUUAAUUACGCGUUAAUGUAUUAACAAAUGAUAGGAAAGAAAAAUGUGAAACGUAUUUGCAGAUCAUUGUACAUCAUUUGAAUACAUUUAAAAUCAUUAUUAAGGUACAUGAGAGAUUAAGAUAAUUGGAGAGAGGGAAUAUAAUUUAUACUAAAAUGUGCGUUAUAAUUUUUUCCAUCGACUUGUAUUUUACGACCGAAUUUCAAGCAAUUACAAAAUAUCAAUUCUAGAUAUACCGCCAAAGUAUAUGAUUCCAGGUUUGACCGUCAAAUUCCCGCCACUUACCUCAAUGUAUACCUUGAAUAACAUUGAUAUUAGGUACCAUUUUCAUUCACUAUAUUCAUCUAUGUACAUCACUGUUUAAUAAAAACAUCGUUCUUCUUCCUGUAAAAAA